AUGACCCAUAAUCUCUUCUGCUUAGAGGUAAUCAGUGUUAAAAAAUUUUUUGGUUUUCAGUUGAUUGCUUACUACCAGCUGAUAAUUCCAGAGUUGAAGUAUACUGAUCACCAUAUACUAAAUGAAAAGGAAGAAGAUGAUAAUGAGAAAAGAGAAGAUCCAGGUGAUAACUGGGAAGAAGGUGGAGGAGGUGGUGGUGGUGUAGAAAAGUCUUCAGGUCCCUGGAAUAAAACAGCUCCAGUACAAGCACCUCCUGCUGCAGUAAUUGUUACAGAGACCCCAGAACCAGCAAUGACUAGCGGUGUGUAUAGGCCUCCUGGAGCCAGGUUAACCACAACAAGGAAAACACCACAAGGACCACCAGAAAUCUACAGUGAUACACAGUUCCCAUCCCUGCAGUCCACUGCCAAGCAUGUAGAAAGCCGGAAGGAUAAAGAAAUGGAGAAGAGCUUUAAAGUAGUAAGACACAAAACUAGAGGUAGGGAUGAGGUUUCAAAAAACCAGGCCCUUAAACUUCAGCUAGACAACCAGUAUGCUGUGCUUGAAAAUCAGAAAAGCAGCCACACACAGUACAAUUAAGGAAUGGUCUUUGCUAACGCUUCUAAGGUAACUAGGCCGCAG